AACAAAAAUUUUCAGAAUCUGCCACAAACGCCAAAAUUCUUACGUUGUUGGUCCAAGAAAAAUUCGAAGUAACAUGAGAUAUUUAUAAAUAGCAAGCGUUUGCUAUAUACAAAGUGCAACUUACACACAAAAAAAAAAACACAGAGAUAUAUGUACACAUUUUUAAGAGCUCGAAAAUGUCAGUGAGUGAUGCUAAGCCUGCCUUGGCAACAAGUUCAGUAUUUGAGAGAGGAAAUUUGGAGGUGAAGGGGAUCAAAGUGGAGAAAUCAGCAGAACGGAAGGCUUUGUUCAUCGUUUCGCCGACUAAAGAUGGGAAAUACCCGGUGUUUCUCUUCGUUCAUGGGUGUUGUGUGAGCAAUACAGCUUAUUCUCAGCUUCUGCAACAUGUUGCUUCUCAUGGCUUCAUAGCUGUUGCUCCUGGUGAUCCAUUGGUAAGCUCCCUGUUAUGUUGUUGCGGAGACCAGGAGUUAGACUCUGAUGCCAAUGUGCUGGACUGGAUGCCCGAUGGCCUCCCAGCUCUACUCCCAGACAAUGUCACACCAGAUAUGACCAAAAUUGCAGUCGGAGGUCACAGCCGAGGCGGAAAAAUAGCAUUUGCAUUAGCCAUAUCCACCACAAACCUCAAAAUCUCAGCUGUAUUUGGUGUUGAUCCAGUAGCAGGAGGCAGCGUAGAUAAUCGACCCCAGCCCAAAAUAUUUUCCUACAUUCCGCGAUGCCUAGACCUUAAUAUUCCUGUGGCUAUAAUCGGAACCGGAUUAGGCAGCCAAGCAAAAUGCAUAAUUCCACCAUUUGCCCCGUGCGGGGUUAACCAUGCAGAAUUUUUUAACGAGAGCAAGCCUCCGAUAUAUUAUUUUUUAGCUAAAGAUUACGGGCAUGGGGAUAUGUUAGACGAUGGAAUUGAGUACUGGUUUACAAAGUUGUUGACAAAGCACGGGCAGGGUUCAAAAGAGUUGAUGAUAAAAGCUUGUGGAGGAAUUAUUGUUGCUUUUCUGAAUGCCAAGUUGAAAGAUGAAGAGGAAGAUCUUAGAAUCAUUGGGGAGGAACCUAGUGUUGCUCCUAUUAAACUUGAUCCCGUUCUGUAUGUUGAAAACUGAUUCAUUCCACAUAGGCUACAAAUUGUUGGGAAUGGAUUUCAGGAUUUGGUUUACAAGUUUAAUUUGUCAGUGAAAUUUAUAUUUAUUGGUUUUUUUGUCGAUUCA